AUGGUUCAGCCACUCCCCGCCUCCCUCAAGAUCCCUGAGGUCUAUCGCUUCGUCAAUCGCGCCAACCAGCUGCGCAAUAUCAAGCCCGCCAUUGCCUACUGGUGCGAGUACCAUGCUGUGAACCAGAUCGUUGCCAAGGGCAUCCAUACGAGCGACGACGACGCAUACGCCUACACCAAGUAUCUGCUUGAGAACCUCGAGAAGACCAAGACCGAACACCCUGACGAUGAUUCCAUUGUCGACAACGAUGCCGCCCAGGCCUAUGUCGAGAUGUUCGCCCAGGAGACCCUGGAUCGAGCUGGGCGAACCAUGCGCGCCAACAGCGUUACGAGGACGACUGCGGACACGUUUGAAGCUGCCGCGACAUUCUUCGACCUUCUCAGUGAGUGGGGGCAAAUCGACCCGGAGGUUACGCAGAAGAUCAAGUAUGCCAAAUACCACGCAGCUCGCAUUCUCAAGGCGAUUCGGGAGGGACGUGAUCCGAACGAAACCAAUCCCAAGGAGAAGCCGGCGGAGGAGGACGUGCUGGACGAGACCCUGAUGCAGGAUAUUGUGCCGACAGGAACUGCUCCUCAGCCCGUAUCUGUGCAAGAUGUGCCUGAUGCUGGCGAGCCCUCGCCGCUUGAGCCCUCGCCCCCGGCAACGCAAACCGCCUCAGUCUCAGAUGGAUACUUCCCUCCCGUCCCUUCGAAUAUUCCUGCCGACCUGGCCAGUCCGUCAGCCCCAACCGCGACACCUCCACCCCAAGGUCCUCCUUCAGAACGAAUUGUGCCUAUCCCAUCGCCUCAUGCACCUCCUACAGUCCCCUCGCAAUUUGCGCCAACGUCACCAUCUGUGCCGCACUCAGAGCCAACUGCACCUCCGUUAUGGUCCACGACGGCUUCCACACCCUCAAAUCCUUCUGUCCCACCUCCAAUCCCCAGUCCCCAACAAGCUCCAUACAUCCCACAGCAACCUCCUGCCUUUUCUCAACAACCUGCGGCUUUCACUCAACCGUCACAGCCUCCCUUUGUGCCCGCAAACCCCACAACCUUUUCACCCGUUCCCCCUCCUCAACCACCAGUAGCUCCUGCGCCAGUCCCAGCUGCAGUCCACUACAAGGACAUAAAUCAAGCUCAAAAGCACGCCAAGUUUGCCAUAUCGGCUCUGAACUUCGAUGAUGUGCCUACUGCUGUUGCGGAGCUGCGCAAAGCACUUGCUGCGUUAGGGACGCAGUAG